GCAGUGCUUCUGCGUGCUGCUUCUGCUGCUUCUGCUGUCGGUGCUUCUGUUAUGGACUCCGAAGCUGCUCUUUUCCACACCGCUGUCUACGACGCCGUCAGAACUGUGCCCUGGGGCUGCGUCACCACCUACGGCCACGUUGCGAAGAUGAUCGACAGACCCUCCAACCCCCGCCAGGUGGGCCACUCCCUCAAGUUGCUUCCCCAGCCCUCUGUCUCUGCUGGUUCUGCUGGUUCUGCUGGUUCUGCUGGAUACGACAGCGCCACUGUUCCCUGGUGGAGGGUUAUCAACUCCCAGGGCAGGAUCUCCAAGAGAGCCAAUUCCAAUGACGAGCUACGCCAGCUACACAGACUACUUCAAGAGAACGUCCACGUCGAUCCAGAUCUUCUAAAGGUUGAUUUAUCUAUGUAUGGUUGGUUCCCAGCUACUGAUUGGGACUAGUUGUUGCUG